UUGAUCAUCUCCUUCUCCGAGAAUCCACAUUAGACUAGACUAUUCACUUAAUUGUUUUAUUUCCAGAUCCUGAGGUUUGAUUGCUAUGAUGAGAACUCCGAUAGGUGGAAGCUACUAUGGUCAGAAAAUACUUCGGGCUUUUUUAAUCCUUCUUAUCGUACUUUCUGCUGUGGCCGGUAUUCAUGGACACUCCUUCUCCAGAAAAAAUGCAGCCUCUAACUCAGCAGCCACUGCUAAUGACAACAUCGUUGGGGACGACAGCGAUGACAGUGGCGGCGACGGAGACGGAUCUUCUAACAGGAUAGGAGAGGGCAACCCGACCUGUUCGCCGGAAGACAUUGUCGUAUACCAAAACGCAUCGACUCCACUCCCCAGCGGAAUUCCGACCUACACGGUCGAAUUCUCCAACCCCUGCGUCGAUGGCAACUGCAUCCCUAUCUCCAACAUCCAUAUCAGCUGCGGCUGGUUCAGCACCGCCAGGCUCAUCAACCCCGCCGUCUUCCACAGGAUCGCCUACAAUGACUGCCUUCUCAACGGCGGCCAGGCCAUCAACCCCGGAGAAACCGUUUUCUUCCAGUACGCCAACACCUUCAAGUACCCCAUGACUGUCUCCACCGUCUCCUGCUGAACUCUGUCUUAAUUUAUCAUGUCUGAAUCUACUCACGUUUAUGAUCUUAUCCAGUCUAUGUAUGAAUGUAUCAU